AUCGAAACAAAACUUGUCUCGAACAAUAAGUAAGAAUACACACACAUAUAUACAUACAUCUGUAUCUAUAUCUGAUCAACACAGACUAUUUUCCGAUGACAAACGAAGGUGAAGAUGCAGUCCGCCGCCGUACUGCGGAGACGGAGUACCGGAAAAAAAUGCUUCAGCAUAAAGAGCUUGAUUCACGAGUCCGUGCAGUGAGAGAGACAUUGCGGAGUACAAAAAAGGAAUAUGCCAAAACAGAAGAUGAUUUGAAGUCCCUUCAAAGUGUUGGACAGAUCAUUGGAGAAGUGCUAAGACCUUUGGACAAUGAACGAUUGAUAGUUAAAGCCAGCAGCGGUCCGAGGUAUGUCGUUGGAUGUCGCAGCAAAGUGGACAAGGAAAAACUGACUGCUGGAACUAGAGUGGUUCUUGACAUGACCACUUUGACAAUUAUGCGAGCACUCCCCCGUGAAGUUGAUCCAGUUGUGUAUAAUAUGCUUCAUGAAGAUCCUGGGAACGUUAGCUACUCUGCAGUUGGUGGUCUGUCAGAUCAGAUUCGGGAGCUUAGGGAAUCUAUAGAGUUGCCUCUGAUGAAUCCUGAGCUUUUCUUAAGGGUGGGCAUUAAGCCACCUAAGGGUGUUCUUCUCUAUGGACCUCCUGGUACUGGCAAAACAUUACUGGCUAGAGCAAUUGCUAGCAAUAUAGAUGCUAACUUCUUGAAGGUUGUGUCCAGUGCCAUUAUUGACAAGUACAUUGGUGAGAGUGCAAGAUUGAUCAGGGAAAUGUUUAGCUAUGCUCGUGAUCACCAACCCUGCAUCAUAUUUAUGGAUGAGAUCGAUGCCAUUGGUGGGCGCCGUUUUAGUGAGGGAACUAGUGCUGACCGUGAAAUUCAAAGAACACUCAUGGAGCUACUCAAUCAGCUUGAUGGAUUUGAUCAGCUCGGAAAGGUAAAAAUGAUAAUGGCAACAAACAGACCUGAUGUUCUCGAUCCUGCUCUUCUUCGUCCCGGUCGGCUAGAUAGGAAAAUAGAGAUUCCAUUGCCGAAUGAACAGUCGAGAAUGGAAAUUCUCAAAAUCCAUGCUGCUGGAAUUGCUAAACAUGGUGAAAUUGAUUACGAGGCAGUUGUCAAACUUGCAGAGGGGUUUAAUGGAGCCGAUCUCCGUAAUGUGUGCACUGAAGCUGGUAUGUCUGCAAUCCGUGCAGAACGGGAUUAUGUUAUUCAUGAAGAUUUCAUGAAGGCUGUGCGGAAACUUAAUGAAGCAAAGAAGCUUGAGUCAAGUGCUCAUUACAAUGCUGAUUUUGGCAAAGAUUAAGAAGCUUGAAUGUGCCAAACGAAUUGGAAGUUUUCGGGUGUGAUGUUCACUACGAUUUAUGGGACACAUCGUUGGUUGUUUUGGUCUUUGGUUGCGCCACAAAUCAUCUUGUUAUGAUAUGCUAAAUUUUGGGUGGCAAUGAUUUAUUCAAAAGGCAUGUUAAGAAUACAUAGUUUGUGCUGAGAUCCCCAGAAUGCAAAAUGAUUGUAGUGUUGAUCGAGUUUAGACCUGUUAUGCCUGUUUUAUGUGUAUCACUUUAUAAUGAUGAAACUGAGUAUGGACAGCUUGUAUUAUGGUUCAUACUUGGUAGACAUUCUCUCUGAUAUUUUUUUUCUUCAUUGAUAUGGACACAUACUUGAUCCA